GUUUGAUUGUCUUUGACGCACUGCUACCUGCCAUUCGCCUCUGCUGCUACUGCAAUUGGCGAUAUCUGGCCUGGACCGACAUCAUGUUUUACACUUGUGAGUGGAGUAUCCGUCAUGCAACGAUUGCCCCUAUUCCGAAUGCAUUUCAUUUUCUACAGUCUCGCUUUGUCCCCCAUGCCUAACCAGUCAAUUGCAUUUUCACCUGUCUCUUUCCUAAUUCUCGCCAUCCCAGAUGAGCUAGCUAACAGGGGCGGAAUGAUACAGUCCAGGGUGUCAAGGGCAAGGCCGUGGAUCGGUCCCCUCAAUCGUCAUCGGACGGCAAUCGGUCACAGGACGCGGCCGGCGGCAAGGCUGGCAAGAGUCUCCACGCCUGUCUCGAGUGCCAGCGCCGCAAGAUCCGCUGCGACGGGAAGCAGCCUUGCAAUCGCUGCCAAGGUAGUCGGUCACGGAGGAGGUGCGUGUAUGAGCAGCAUCGCCAGCGUCUUGUGCCGUCCAGGAAAUCACUGGAGGAAAUAUCACGGAGCCUUGAAGAGUGCCGUUCUGUGCUGCGGCGCCUGUACCCUAACCAUGAAGUCUACCAACUUUUGUCGCUGUCUCGCCAGGAGCUGCGGGAUCUCCUAGACCAGCCAUUGCAGCAAGAGACUGUAGACGUCUCCGUAACCCCCCCUUCUGUCGAUGAGGCUCAGCAUCCUCAAGAGCUUGAGAACAUGCCCGCUCCAAAAUCCGAAUGGGAUGAGGAGCGGAGAGAAAAGGACCAGAUGCCGGUGGAAGCAGACGAUGUCAAUGCUCUAUCGCUCUCCAUGGGCAAACAAGCGGCCUCGUAUCUCGGUGCAUCGUCCGUCAAGGUGGCCUUGACAGUCAUGCUUCAAAUCCAGCCACAGCUACAAGUGUUGCUCGCGGCACAGUCAUCUCCUGAUGGUUCUAGUGAUGAAAAUGCACGCACCAACAAAACACCGCUCUUUCGUGCAGCUUCUAGAUCCUCCAAAGCAAACCCUCCCAUCCCAUGGACCUACAAAGGCCAGGCUCUCAUCGACGCAUAUUUCAAACGUGUUCACGUUCUGGCUCCCAUGUUGGACGAGAACUCGUUUCGUAAGCAUUACAACGAAGGUCGUCGAUGCGACGCGCCUUGGCUUUCCCUGCUCAACAUGGUCUUUGCCACAAGCAGCAUCAUGUCUACGCCGUCAAGCAACCUGAGUCACAUCAAGUACUACAAUCAAGCCAUAGAGCACUUUCAUCUCAGUGCCUUUGGAAGUAGCCACAUUGAGACAAUUCAAGCCCUAGCACUGCUUGGAGGCUAUUAUCUCCACUACAUCAACCGUCCAAACAUGGCCAAUGCCAUCAUUGGCGCCAUCCUGCGAAUGGCAACCGCUCUCGGUCUGCAUCGAGAGCCACCGCCAGAAGAGCAGUCUGACACUGCAGUAAUUGAGACGCGGCGACGCACUUGGUGGACGCUGUUUUGCCUCGAUACAUGGGGCACAACCACUCUAGGCCGACCUUCGUUUGGGCGAUGGGGACCGGCAAUCAAUAUCCAACCCCCUGAGCUUAUCGCAGAGCAAGAAGAAGCCGACUCUGCACAGUAUGCCGGCAUCAUGCCUCUGCUAGAAAACAUCAAAUUCUGCAAAAUCGCAACAAAGGUCCAGGACAUGCUCGCAAUGAAUCCUCUUCUGAAGACGGCAGAUCGCAGUCACUUGGACAGCCUCCUUGUCGACUGGUACAACAAUCUUCCUUGGCUUCUUCGUUCCACGGAGCCCUGUGUAGAGCCACUCCAUCUUUCGCGAAGCAUCAUGAUAUGGCGGUAUUGGAAUCUGCGCAUGCUGCUUUACCGCCCAGUACUUUUAACCUUGGCCUGCAAAACUCAGUCACCCAUUGAAGAACAAGACGUGGUUGCCGUGCAGACCUGCCAAAACGCUGCGCGGGAGACUAUUGAUAGCAUAUCAAUGGGGUGGACACGCCAGCAAAUGUCUGGGUGGAACGCCGUAUGGUUCUUAUACCAGGCAGCCAUGAUACCGCUGGUUAGUAUCCUAUGGCAACCCGACAGUCCAUCUGUCGUGCAGUGGCGCGCUCAAGUCGAGUCGAUCCUCGACCUGUUUGAGGCAAUGCAAGACUGGUCGCUUACGGCACGCCGCAGCAGAGAUGUCGUCAGCCGUCUUCUGGAGGCCAGCUCUCAAAUU